AUGAUCAAUAAUAUAAUAAAAAAAUUAAAAAUAAUAAAAAUAAUAAUAAUUUUAAUAUUUUUAAUAAAUUUUAUAAAAUGCGAAGAUAUAAAUAUUAAUACUAAUAAUACUAAUACUAAUAAUACUAAUAAUAAUAAUACUAAUAAUAAUAAUACAAUAAUAAUAAAUGAUGGACCAUUAUGUCCAAGUAAACCAUUAUGUCCAUGCAUUUGUGAAGAAUGUGGACCACCAAUUGGUAGAAAAAAUUCAAAACAAAUUUUUAUAUAUGUAGCAGGUAAUAAACAAUCAAAUUAUACAUAUUUUGAAAAGGAUCCAUCAGUUAAGUGGGAAGAAAUCGAUACAUUGGCAUUGUAUUCUAAUAAAUUCGAUAAGAGGAUAACAUGUCUAGCACAUAGAAAUAAUGUGAAGGUUGUAUUUACAAUUGAAGAGGGUAGCGUUUUCGAUGAUUUUAAAUAUUUGAAAGUCAAUGGCAACUAUUGGGAUGGCUAUAUAAACACAACUAGAUUGGUUAACACUCUUUUAGAAAACAAUGUCGAUGGCUAUAGCCUAGAUUUCGAAUAUGGUAAUAGACACGGCAAAGAUUUAGAAUUUUCAAAUACUUUGAAAACACUAUACACAAAAUUAAAAUCCGUCAAUGAAAACUACCAACUAACAUCAGCAUUCAGCGGCUACUAUAGCGACGUAUUGAAAAACCAAAUUCAAUUGGUUGCUGAUAAUUUAGAUUAUAUAAUUAUUAUGGGCUAUGAUUUUAUAAAUACUAAAAUUGGUACCAAUAUAACUAAUAGUGCCAAUUCACCUAUUGGGUUGAGGAAAAUAGUUAAGAGUUGGUGGAUGGACCCGUUAGAAAAAAAAGAUAGUGCUAAGAUUGUUCUGGCCGUUCCGUGGUAUGGGCAGAUUGCAAAAUGUGAUUUGACGUAUGAACAGAGGGCAAAUGCGGCUACGAUUUUCCAAGCAGAUUGUAUUAUUGAUAAUCGUACGAGUGUUGUACAAAAACCAAUUAGAGAAAUACUUGCGUUGUUAAAUAAUGAUUAUUUAAUAUUUGAUAUUAAUAAUAAUAAUGAAAAUAUUAUUAAUAAUAAAAUAAUAAAUAAUACAAUUAAAUAUUCAUCUGGUAUACUUUGGACUAGUAAUACUCAAACUGUGUUUUCAAGAUAUCGUGAUACAAAUGGUGAUAUCUAUCAAUUCAAUUAUGAUUCUCCAUUUUCAAUUUACUCAAAAUUAAGAUCACUUGGUAUUGGUGGUGCUGGCGUUUGGAGUUUAGAUAAAAUUAUUGGUUUACCAAAACCAAUUAUUGAUGCAUUUUAUUUCGCAUUUAGUAGACAAGUUAUUGGUGAUACUUAUAUUGAAAUUAAUUAA